UGCCGCGGCCAGUUCCCCCCCGGCGCGCCAUCCCAGAGGCCGUGUGGGUCCCGCUCCCGCCUUCCGCCAAUUUUUCCGCCCAGCGCAAAUUUCCGAAAAUCCGCCUCGCGAUAGAGUUUCAAAAAGUGCCUGGACCCCCCAAUUUUCCUCGUGGAAGUUAACGUUGAUAAUAUUCCACCUACCGGGUUUUAAGAUUUCCAAGUGCUAUAUUCCAGAGUUGGCAGAUUUGAUAAUUCCCAUCACAGAGCUUUUUUCGUGAUAGUGCUGUAUUUAAGAGUUGGCGGAUUUGAUAAUUCCUAUCGUAGAGCUUUUUUCGUGAUAGUGCUGUAUUUCAGAGUUGGCGGAUUUGAUAAUUCCUAUCGUAGAGCUUUUUCCGUGAUAGUGCUGUAUUCUAGAGUUGGCAGAUUUGAUAAUUCCCAUCAAAGAGCCUCUUUUCGUGAUGGUUGUCAAUUUUUUGGACCCAUAUUUUGUAAUAUUUCAAAAUAAUCUGAAUUUUGAACGGUGGUUGCCUCACGUACGGUGUUUCUAGAAACUCACUUAGGGAACUGAGAACGGGAAGCGAUGUUUUAAUAUUUCACUGCCAAUUUUUAAAAAUUACGUUUCUUGUGAUACUGAUUGACUUCGUGUAUAUCUGCAUUAUUCUGACGGCGGCAAAAUUCGUUUUGACUUCAAUUUCCUCUUUUAUUUUGUUUGAAUGAAUGCAUAGAAGAAACUUGAUUGUUUGGUGUAUUAUAUGUUAAUUUCGUUACCACAGUGUUUAUAGUUUCAAAUCCCAAUAAAUAAGUCUCAACAAACUCACAAACAUGAACGGAGAUUCCGCCUCGUACACCAUAGAUGACAAAAACAAUCAAAAUCUGCCCCCGCCUUAUUCAGCUAAUCUAGGAAGAGUCAACCCAACUUUUGACGUUGGCAGCAAUGACUUCAUUCUGGUGGAGGAGGUUCGGCCGCGACGGAAGGUCUCCGUGAAGGAGAAGAUGGACUCGGUGCUGCCGUGGAUGGAGCACCGGGUGCGGAAGGGGCUCACGAUGAAGUCGCUGAAGAAGCGGCUGCCGAUCACCCGCUGGCUGCCGGGCUACUCCCGCGACGACGCCGCCGGGGACCUCGUCGCCGGCCUCACCGUCGGCCUCACCGUCAUCCCGCAGUCCCUCGCCUACGCGGCCAUUGCUGGACUCCCGGCCGAAUACGGUCUUUACGGGUCUUUUCUUGGCUGUAUAAUGUACAUAUUCAUCGGUAGCUGUAAGGAUGUUCCUAUGGGACCGACUGCAAUUGUGUCUCUUCUAACGUACCAAGUCGUCAAAGGCGCUGGACCAGCCUACGCCACCCUCUUGUGUUUUCUCAGCGGCGUCAUACAACUCAUAAUGGGGAUCUCAGGUCUAGGAAUCAUCAUAGAUUUCGUUUCGGGUCCUGUUUCGUCCGGAUUCACCUCCGCAGUGGCUCUAAUCAUCAUAUCUUCCCAAAUCAAAGAUCUGCUGGCUAUCAAGACGUCCGGCACGACUUUCGUCCAGAUGUGGAUCAGCAUUUUCAAAGAUAUCGAGCACACGCACAUGGGAGAUGCUGUUCUCGGCGGGGCCUGCAUCAUCAUUCUCCUCCUCAUGAGGCUCCUCGGUAAUGUAAAAAUUGGACCUGAAGAUGAGGAUGAAGGCCCCACGAGGAUUCAAAAACUCAUCAAUUCCUCCUUAUGGCUGAUCAGCACCGCUAGAAAUGCCAUUAUUGUGUUACUUAGUGGAUUGCUGGGAUUUUAUUUCACAAAAAACAGCCUUACUGUACCUUUCAAUCUUAUAGGUCAUAUUCCGCCAGGCUUACCCGAGGUGAGCUUCCCCCCAUUCAGUGGUGUGAACAUAAGAACAAACCAGACUGUUGAUUUCAUCGACAUGGUAUCAGAUAUGGGUUCAGGCAUUGUGGUCCUGCCUUUAGUAGCUCUUCUGGAAAAUAUUGCUAUCUGCAAAACUUUUGCACACGGGAAACCUGUUGACUCAACACAAGAAUUAAUUGCAAUCGGUUUAUGCAACAUUGGAAACUCAUUUGUGUGCUCAUUCCCUGGAUCUGGUUCAUUAUCAAGGAGUGCUGUCAAUAAUGCCAGUGGUGUGAGAACUCCUUUGGGUGGUCUAUAUACUGGCGUCUUGGUCAUACUUGCUUUGCUGUUUUUCACUCCAUACUUCUAUUUCAUCCCUAAAGCUGCUCUUGCUGCAGUCAUUGUCGCAGCUGUAAUCUUCAUGGUUGAAGUCGAUGUUGUCAAACCGAUUUAUCGUUCCAAAAAAAGUGAUCUCAUCCCUGGGCUAUCAACAUUUGGUGCUUGUCUUAUUCUACCUCUAGAAAUUGGUAUUCUUGUCGGAAUUGGACUAAAUUUAAUAUCAAUUUUGUAUCAUGCAGCCAGACCGAAGAUUUCCAUGGAAAUUCACAAUAGUCGAGCAGGAAUAGAAUAUUUACUGCUGACGCCUGACCGUUGCUUAAUCUUCCCAUCUGUAGCGUAUGUCAGAAACCUUGUAACCAAGCACAGUAUAAAGCAAGGUAUACCUGUGGUUAUUGACUGCUCUCAUAUUUAUGGUGCUGAUUUUACAGCAGCAAAGGUCAUAGAAGUUCUAACGGAGGAUUUUUCAAAACGAGGACAACCAUUAUUCUUUUACAACUUAAAGCCCAGUGUUGUUGCUGUAUUUGAAGGAGUACAGCCUACAGAUUUUGUGGUUUACUACGAUAAGCAUGAUCUGGAUCAUUUACUAAGGAGUAAAAUGGUCGCAAGUCAGGAUGCCUGCUUUAAGACAAGCACACCGAAACUACCCAGAUUACCUAGGUGAUGAGUCCUGUGAGAAAAAUUGUUCUUCCAAUUCGUCAGGUCAUGAUAGAUGACUGAAUUCUCUUGAAGGCUUCUCAUGAUCAUAUUCAACUCUUGGUACCCUAGGUUGCGGCGUUUAUGGCUGAUCAGGACUACUUUGUGUUUUUUUUCGUCUUCAGGUGGCCUUUUUCUGUUUCAUCUACAUUCCUGCUCUGUCAAUGAAAAUAUGACUAAGCUUUGUCUAUACUUUAAUGAUGGGUCAGUUUCAUAGAAACAAAGAAGUCUCUCUCAAUCAUGAGGUCCUCUUAGACAACUGAUUCAACUAACAAAGAUAGAUUCAGAUACAUUAGUCAAAUGGACCUUUAGGAUCGUCAAUUUUUUCCGUCCAUUCCAGGAUUUUUCCCUGAAAAAAUCAAUGAGUUUAUAUUGGUUUUUUAUGGUCAAAUUUUUGGGCAAAUUCAAAACUCUAGGCAACAAAGUUUUUGCUUGAAAUCAUAAACGUAACUGGAGGGGUGAGGGAGACAGUCUGCUGUUGCUGAAAAUCACAAUGUAAAAAUAAUUUUGCUUCUUGACGUAAGAUAAUUGUAGCUAAUAUCCCCCUCUGUAUUCAUAUGGUUUUUCUUGUUGGAAACUUUCCCGGUUAUCUUAAAUCUCAAAGCUCUAAGCAACUCUCUAGCAACUUUUGAGAUUGCAAUGAGGAGUUUCCUCUGUAAUUUCUGGUGCUGAAUUCGAAAAUGUCUGCAGUAUUAUUCCAUCUCUCACUAAAAAUCAAAAUUUUUUAUAGAACAGGUAUUUUCUGUCAACAAAACUUACAGUGUUGAAAGAUUUGAUUUUUAGAGAGGAUGGUAGAAGGGAAAAGUGCGAUGAAAAUGUUUGAAACUAGAACCAGAGUUUAUAAAAAAUACGUUCAUGGAAAAAUUGUGUCACAAAGUUUGUUUAAAGAUGCGAAAUAACGAGGAAAGUCUUACAUAGGAAAUACCAUAUGAGGCCACAAGAACGCUGAAGGGUAUAUUGACACCAUAGUAUUCUGUAUCAAGGAAUAAAGCUAAUUUUAUAAGUUAUUCUCAGUGUUAAUAGACUAUCCUUCCCUCUCGUUCGAUUUACAUUUUAUAGGUACCCAAAACUAUGUUGUCCAGCUUAAUGGAUGAUCCUAUUUCCAUUAUUUGAUUCAGUAUAAUUGUAAUUCUAAAUGUUCCUGGCAGAAUUUAGUGAAAAGAAGAAAUAUUGAAAUGAAGACUAAAAUUGUGUAAAUAGGCUGACAUUCCAGGACUUGCUGAACAAUUAAAACACUGCAAAAACUUGUAUCUGUAUGUUAUUUGCUAUGAGAUUUUGGCAAUCAAAGAGUCCGAAUCCUUUUCUUGCUCUUGUAAGUAAAUUGUUUGAAAUGAAUAUCUGUACUAUCUAUCAAUGUUCCCUGGGUGCAUGCGUUUAUCGCAGUUGGUGAAAUACUAUUUGCUGUCUUUCCCUUUUUGUAUUAUUUUAUUUGUAUCAUUCUGCUCAAUUCAAUAGGGCAACUUUGUUUUUUUUUAAAAUUUGACUCUCCAAAGGAAAAUGAAUUUCAGAGCCUGAUAACUGAAAAUCAAGACAUAAAGGUCCUUUUGUCGAUAAAAAAUAUUUUACAAAAAUUUGAGCACAAAUAAAACGUAGAAGUGUUUCGUCAAACAGAGGAGCUGUAAUAGUUUGAAUAAGUAGGUAAUUCAAAAAAUAAAGCCAAGUUUUCAUCUGUCACUAUAGGGGCUCAAAAUUGUACAAUUCAAAAGCAAUUUUACGUCCACUCUUGGCACAAAUAUGGACAUUGCUCCCAACUGAUUCUUUGAAUUACUGGAGAGUAUUUCCCGUCUACGAGUCAAAAUUAGAUAUUUUCAACAUAACUUCAGUACAGUCGCUUACCUAUGAAAAUGAUAUAUGUUCUUAAAAUUUUCAAAUGUGCAUCGUUAUCUCCCUAAAAGAGAGUUAAUGAGGGAAAACUAAUGGAAUUUAGGGAAAUGUGUGACUUUAAACUCUAGACUUUACCCACCGAUUUUUAAGUAUUCAAACAAAGAAAGAGGUAUCUUAUAAAAACUUGUGUAUGUAAAUAUUUUCAGAAUUUUGUACCCAUGUAAAUUAAACACCUAGUUAUCUACAGUGACAUGGCGUGCUUGGCGAGGUAUCGAUUGAUCUGCCAUUUAAACCUAUGGAAAAGGAUCAAGAAACAGGGUGUUUGCAACAAACACUCUGAUAAUUGAUUCUUCACCACAGCUCAAAAUGGUGAAAUACAAUUAUCGAUCAAUCACGCCACUGGUUAUCUAACUAUCCGAAUACUCCUUGAUAGUCAACUUUCCUAAGUAUUCCGCUUACAUUGUGUACAACACAUAAAAAUAAAUGGACCCUUUUACAAGUACGAAA